GUUGUGCAUGUUUUUGUUUAUGCUAUUUUGCGUAUUUGGAGGUUAAUAUCGUGUUGUUUUUUAGUUUAAUUAAUAUCGUGUAUGUAAUAAGUUCACUUGUUAUCUCUGUUUAUGUAACUUUAAAUAUUAUAGUGAAAUAGUUUUUUGUUGACGAUGGAGUCAGCGUUACAGGGCGCAGAGAGUGUUUGCGUGAAGGCUGAGCCCUUUGAGGAUGGGUGUAUAACAGAUGAGCCCUCGGUCGAGGGAGUGUCUGUGAAAGUUGAGCCUGUGCUGGAUAACGUGUGUGUAAAAGACGAGUUGGUCGGAGUGAGCGCGGCGGACGCGGCGGCGGAGCUGUACGCCGACCAUAUCGUGAAAGAUGAGCUCGUGCUCGGCCCCGAGCUAGUGCAGCGGCGUGGCGUGCGCCACGCACCAACAGCUCCCAACCUGGCUAUAGAAGUGAAGCAGUCAUGUGUGACUGUCCCCGGGAGACCCUUUCUGAAGGACUGCUGUGUGACACUGGAGCGCCUUGUUGUGGAUAUGCUGUUCACCAACACUCGGAGCAUAGACCAGGACAGUAUGAGAAAAGUUCAUGGAGCUCAUGUAGAGUACAAACAAAGGAACACCACAGUUGGAAAAGAUAAAAGAAAAGUUGGAGGGAAAACUUUGCAGAAGAAACCAAGCGGCAGACCCGAAACUUACCAAUGUGCGCACUGUAAAUAUACAUCAACUAGAAAGUUAGGGUUAUUAAAACACUUGAGGAAACAUACCAAUGAGAAGCCAUACAGAUGUGGCCAGUGCAGUUAUGCUAGUACCCGCAAAGAUACUUUGAAAGUUCAUAUAAGGAGACACACUAGUGAAAAGCCAUAUCAAUGUGACCAAUGUAGUUACGUUUGUACCCAAUUAAAUUCUUUACAAGUUCAUGUAAGGAAACACACUGGUGAAAAGCCGUACAAAUGUGACCAGUGUAGUUAUGCUAGUGCCCGCAAAGAAUACUUGCAACUUCAUGUAAGGAAACACACUGGUGAAAAGCCGUACAAAUGUGACCACUGUAGUUAUGCUAGUGCCCGCAAAAAUCACUUGCAACUUCAUGUAAGGAAACACACUGGUGAAAAGCCGUACAAAUGUAACCAGUGUAGUUAUGUUGCCGGCCACAAAAUUUAUAUACGAGAACAUAUAAGGAAACACACUGGUGAAAAGCCAUACAAAUGUGAUGAGUGUAGUUAUGUUAGUGCCUACCGAACAACAUUACAAAGACAUAAAAAGAUACACUCUACUAAGCUUUAUAAACCUUAUCAGUGCGACCUGUGCACUUUUGCUAGCAGACAAAAAUCUAAUUUGCGACAACAUAUAGGACGACAUACAGAUGAAAAGCCUUACAAAAUUAAAUGUGGCCAAUGCAGUUAUACUAGUAUCCAAAAAGGAGAUUUACGAGCUCAUGAAAGUACACAUACUAAUAUUACGGCUGAGAAACCAUACCAGUGUAACCAGUGUAGCUAUUCUUGCACACGUAAUCGUGAUUUGCAAGAGCACGUAAGAAAACAUACUGGGGAGAAGCCAUACAAAUGUGAUGAUUGUAGUUAUGUUAGUGCCUACAAACGUGCCCUAGAAAAACAUAAAAUAAGACAUGCUAGUAUAAAACCUUAUAAAUGUGGCUAGUGUAGUUAUGCGAAGAACCGAAUAAGUAUGAUGAUUAAGUGUAGAAGUGUGGCUUUGACAUAGUUUGGUAUUAAAACCUACAGGCGCUUUAAUUUAUUAGUUUUUCAUAUUUCGAAUUUGACAUGUAAAUUAGUGCUACUUUUUUAUUGAGGUUUGUACAAAGCACAUUAUUUUAUUUAAUAAAAAAUCAGUGAAAAAAAAGUGUUUAAUCAAAUAGAUUUAUAGUUUCUUGUUUAU